UCCGAAUGAUUGGACACCAGACUUAACCGUUCCUAACAGCAAACAAGCUAAUAGUUUAUAUAUUCUGUUAGACACACUUUUUAUCUCUAAUAUAUCUAUUAUUAGAGAUGUUUGUCUUUGUUUUGCUCAUUUCUUUUGUUUUCUAAAACAGAGUAACUCUUCCUGUCUUACAGGUGGAGGCUACAGCGCACCUUGUGUCAGUACGUCACUGAUACUCUGACUUACAUGGCAACGGUGAAACAUUUUUAUGAGAUAUUCUCUGAGUGGAAGGACUGCAGGGAGAUGGAGUAUGUGAAAAUGAUGAGUAUGAAAGAAAUGGCUGAUGAAAUUGACCCCACUUUUGCCAAGUCAGAGGGCAAAUGGCCGUCUUUUUGUAAAUACAUCAAGAGCAGCUUCCAGCUCAAGGCGGAGAGUAAACUUUUAGAUCUGGAAAAGACGCUGGCUGAAGUGUUGGAAGACACGCUGGGAGGUCUGGAGGAACUCAACACUUUCCUGGAUGCAGUGGAGAAGCUGGCGGUCACUUCGCUCCAUGUGUUCACUGAGAACCAGAUCAUCUACCUUCCUGAAAAGAUCAGUUUUGAUGAUGUUCAAGCUGUGAUCAGCUCUGCACAACAAAUCUGUCCUCUCCUCCUGGAGUUCAAACGAGACGCAAAGACCUUCUUCCUCCCAAAGCUUCACAAUGUGGAGGUUCUGGCAUUCCAGCUGCAGAACUACAUAGACACCRCCAACAGGAUAUGUGUAAUUCACAGCCAGAGCUUUAACGUUGACAUUUGCAUGGAAAUGGCUGAAGAUGAAGAAAUUGCAGUGAAUCCUGAUGACCUGUGUGAAAACGACAUGCAGAAGAUGACAGAUCAGAUCAAGCUACUUGACAAAAUCAGGUAA